GAAAAUCCUGAUGAGUAUGUAAAAUCAACCGCUAUAAUGCUAUUUCCAAAUGAUGAUACCUAUGAAAGAAGAAUGAGCAGAUAUCAGAAAUGGUACCAAGGUAAAAAAGAACUCCUUGCUAGUAUUGAAAACUUAUACAGCCUUUACUAUAUUUUAUCUAAAGAAGAGCGUCCUAUGACUGAAAAAGAAAUUAGCACAACAAUAGAAGAGCUAAUUGCAUAUGAUGAUGAAUAA